AUGAAGUUCUACAGUACAGAGUUCGGUUCCUACCCGUUUGGGUCAUACAAAGUGGUAGCGGUGGACGAGAUGCCUGUUCAGCGUUUCGACAGCUCGACGCUAUCGAUAAUCACUGUGGACCUUCUUCAUGGCGAGGACUCGAUUGAGCAGGUGCUUGAAACCCGACAAGCACUUAGUUACGCCCUGGCCUGUCAGUGGAUGGGAAUCAACAUCCAACAAAAGACAUGGUCAGAUACUUGGCUCGUAAAUGGUCUUGCGCUGCUCAAGCGGGACAUGCAACGAGUCGUCGAGUGGGACAACGGAUCGAUGCCGCCCAUCUGCCAACCACAGCAUAAUGAUCCCCCAGACUCCAUGACGCUACCUUUUGUCAACUUGAAGGCGCCCCUCGUGCUGCACAUUUUGGAUCGACGUCUUUGCAAGUCUGGUACCUCGCUCGGUCUUCCUCGUGUCCUGCCCAAGAUUUUCUUGUCAGCAAUGAGCGGAGAGUUGCAAAAUAAUGCUCUAUCGACACACUCGUUCUUGCGUACAUGCAGGAAGGAAGAAGAUGGCAGUCGAGAUCACGAUGCGACAAGAUUCGCCAGCAUACAAGGCGUCGAGCACAACGAGGUGUCGAAACUGUUGCAUAGGCCUGUACCAUUUUUUGAGGGCCAAAUGACUGUUCGGAUCCAUGAAGCGGAUGGCACUCCAUAUGAGCACGUUUUAGACAUUCGUUCGUCCUUCAAACGCUUUGAAGUCCCUUUCAACACGAAGUACAAACGUAUCCGACGAAAUACCAAGAGAUACUUGGCACGACAAGCGGCUGCUCAGGCUGCAGCAGAAGGCGAUGCAGAAGCUGCUGAAGCCAUGGGUCUAAUCGACAUGGGUUUUAGACUUGAGAUCUGGGAAAAGGAAAAGGAGCAAGAAAACUGGAAGGUGGCUGACUGGACAGAGGAAGAUGAGCAGGUGAUGUCGGGUGCAACGUACGAGUGGAUUCGCAUGGACGCCGAUUUUGAAUGGAUCGCCGCUAUCGCUUUUGAACAGCCCGACUUUAUGUGGGUGUCGCAGUUGCAGCGAGAUCGCGAUGUCGUUGCGCAACUAGAAGUUGUCAAUGCUCUCGCAAAGCAAUCCACCGCCAUCGUUUCGAGUACAUUCACCAAGACAGUGCCCGUCUCCAAUUACUAUUAUCGCAUACGGUGUGAGGCUGCGAUGGCUCUAGUGCACUGUGCUAUUCGGAAACUUGAUUUCUUGGGACUAUUUCAAUUCAAAUUGUUCCUUCGCUACUGUUAUGAACCGGAAGACCCCAACCAAGAUUUAUUCGCUCAUACUUACGUCCCAAAGCCUAAUGACUUCUCUGACCUGGCAGAAUACUUUGUUCGAAAGAGUCUUGUUCACGCAAUAUCUCAAGUGCGCUUUGAGAAUGGCAAGACACCUUCAGUAGUUCGUCAGUUCCUUGUCGACCAGCUUCGUUACAACGACAGCACAGCGAAUCCGUACUCGGAUGCGUUCUACAUAUGCACUGUGAUUUCAGCUGUUGCUUGUGCAACUGUCUCGAUUACUCCUCCGGAACGUGGCGAGCUCCUUCGCGAAGAAGUUCGGUCGGAGCACACUACCGAGGAUGCUAACUUGAUGAAGCAGGCAAUUGACGAGGUCAGCAGGUAUCGGAGCAUGGACGGACUCAUCCCGUCACCGAAGAAUGUAGCCACCACUGCCGUAUUGGAAUUCUACUUGAUUCUUACUACCGCGAACCUCAUCCCGAACGAUCUCUGGGUCUUCUUCCCUCUUACCCGGUAUGCUAUAAUGGUCGUAUAUUCUACUUCAUCUGAUUGUCUCCCAGUGAAGCCAAUUAUAUUCAAGUUCGUCUCGCUGCCUUCGAUGGCCAAGUGGUACACGCCCGCCAUCAUGCGCUACGUAUUGGCCAUCAUGGCAAAUGACCCAUCUCGCGUGGUCCGGAGACAUGUGGCCCGUAGUGCAUGUCAAAGCUUAGCUCUCUUGGUGUCCAUGGGGGAGAUGAAGAACUCCAUCAAGGAUACAGAGUCGCUGCUUAUCGAGGAAGACGGCUCUCUGCCAGAGAAGUCAAAAGAAGCGAAGAAGAGCGAGGUCGACAUGAUGAUAGCGGGGUACACAUUCGUCUUGGGCAAGUACGAGAAUGAGGCGAUCGGACUGGAGGAGAAAGUUACCCUAAGGGACUAUGAGGGGCGGGUGUAUGUCCAGGAGGCAUUGUUGAAUUGA